AGCCAUCUUAAUCCUGCGCGCGCAACACCUCUACUCGUGGCGAGAUGGGGAUGUCUUUUGGUUCUUACACGGAGGUCUGCAACACGGUUGCCCUCGUCGUAUGCCCCUUGCUGGGCACUUCGAUGGGCCUGGAGCCGAUAUGCUACAGCCGAAAUGUCGAAAUCAACAGCACGGUUAUUUUCCAACCCGCAACAUGCGUCAUCCACAUUGCAGCUCUGGUUAUGACAGCGGUCAUGGUCUAUCACAUCCGAUCGAAAUACACCGCUGUUGGGAGGAAGGAGAUCGUCUUGUUCUUUUACCUUUAUGCGGUCAGCGAGAUCCUCGCCAUCUUCCUUGACUCUGCCAUCAUCCCAACGUACUCGGGCGCAUACUCGUGGUUUUCUGCGAUCUACGUCGGUCUGAACACUGCGAUUUUCUGGUGUUUACUCGUCAACGGCUUUGUGGGGUUCCAAUUCGCUGAGGAUGGCACACCAAUGUCUCUAUGGUCGCUGCGCAUAAGCUCGCUCGUGGUCUUCCUGGUCACCGCGUUUGUCGCGAUCGCCACCUUCAAGGGCAUUGCGGGCAUGAGCCCCAAGUCACAGAUGGGCCUGUUCAUCGUGCAGUUCCUCUUCCCGAUCAUCUGCGUCGCGGUGUACGUGCUGUCGCAGAUUGUCUUGGUGCUGCGCACGCUGGACGACCGAUGGCCGCUGGGUGACAUCAUCUUUGGCGUCGGAUUCUACGUUGCUGGCCUGGUGCUCAUGUUCGCCUUCAGCGCAGACAUCUGCAACGGCGUGAAGCACUACAUCGACGGCACGUUCUUCGGUGUGCUCUGUAUGCUCUUGUCGGUCAUGAUGGUGUACAAGUACUGGGAUUCCAUCACGAAAGAGGACCUCGAGUUCUCCGUGGGGAGCAAAAUCAACGUCUGGGAGGUCAAAGAUCCGCUGCUGGGCUCCGAUGCGGACAUGGUCGCUUCUUCUACCAGUCACAGCGGCGGCAAGGGCAGCUUCAGCGCCUACUGACAAUAUGGACUAUACUGUAAUCUGUACUUGUACCGCUUGUCUUUUGCUCUAUACAUGCCUUGCAUCUCAUCAC